AUGACGUCGAACUCGAAAGUAAUUAAGUGCAAUAACUGUAAUAUUGUGAUAUGUGAGGUGUUAGCCUAUAUCCAAAACAAAUUGGAUGUUAUGGAUGAAGAAAGCUUGUUGAGAUUGUGUGUCACAAGUUUUUCUGAAGAUGAGAUCGAAGCAGCUAAAAACUUGCUGUUUGACUCAAUCACCACUACAAGACGCAAAAUUUCGCGUAAGAGAGAAGGAAAAUCACAGAGGGAUCUUGCAGAUAUAAUAACAUUAUUUAAAGAAACAGAUCCAGAAUUAGUACCCAUAUUUGUUGCGCGGGAACUACAUAAACUACCACCUAUAACGUUUGAUCAUCUGGAUGCAAGCAAACUUCUAAAGGAUAUGUUGUUAUUGCAAAAUGAGUUAAAAAUUAUUAAGGAAUCCUAUGUGACCAACAAACAAUUCGACGAUUUCAAAUUACAAAUUGAGCAGUCCAAAUAUCAUACAUCAGAUUGUACAAUAACUGAUCUACCUCACAAUACAGAAAAGCAAAACGCAACGAUGACGCCGUCGACGGCGGAUUCCGAGAAAUGCGAUGAUACUCCAUCCCUUUCGUACGCGGAAUGCAUUAGUCAAUCUGUCUCUCUCUCACCUACAACCUCGCGCGUGGAGGCCUCAACCGCGGUUUCGACGCAGGCACCGCGCAGGCGCGCGAGUCCUGAGCGCGCGGGCGCCGUGCGGGAGCGGUCUAUGCCACAAGCGACAAGCGGGAGCGAGAAAUUACAACCCAAUAAGGAGGAUAAGAAUGAAUGGACAACUGUACAGAAAAAGAAGCCAAGGUACAAGUUUGCAGGAAGUAGAGGAAAAGCGGCUUCGGAAGUGGACACAAAAUUUAAAGCUGCGGAAAUGAAUAUUCCAUUAUUUAUAUCCCGUGUUGAUAAAGAAGUAACGGACAGCGAUAUUAUUGAAUACAUACGGUCGAAGACACAAACGACCGUAACAAUAAAGAAAAUUAUAAUGCAGAAGGAAAGAAAUUAUAAUGCAUUUAAAAUCUUUGUACCACACCACAAACUCACAAAGUUUUUAGAUGAUAGCCUAUGGCCAGAAGGUGUGUCGUUCAGGCGUUUUGUUUACUUUAAUAAAACUAAGCAACGCGCUAAGCAAGGCGCUAACGAUGCAGUUUUGACUAGUGAUGUGAAACAUAACAAUUAA